AUGAUUGAUAUUGCAUAUUUAUUACAAGAAUUAUCAGACGAAGUAGAAGACAAAUUUGGAGAUUUUGAUAGUGACAAUGAUUUUAAUGACGAAAAUAUCGAUUACGAUAACUUAAACAAAUAUACAAUUAUGUUAUCAAACAACACAUUAGACAAUGCAGAUUUAAAAUCUAGAUUAGCUCGCUUUGGCAUAAAUAAUCCAAUUACAAAUACAACUAGAAAUGUUCUGCUUAAGAAACUUUUAAAAUUAGAAAUGGAUUCUCAAAACAAAUGUAACAAUCAAUCAGAUAAACUUGACUGUAAACAGUGUAAACCAAUGUUAAACAAAUAUACAAUUAUGUCAUCAAGCAACACAUUAGACGAUGCAGAUUUAAAAUCUAGACUGGCUCGCUUUGGCAUAAAUAAUCCAAUUACAAAUACAACUAGAAAUGUUCUGCUUAAGAAACUUUUAAAAUUAGAAAUGGAUUCUCAAAACAAAUGUAACAAUCAAUCAGAUACAUUUAGUAGUGAAUGUGAAUUGAUGGACACUUCUACAAAUGACCUGAAUGAGUAUGAAAUUCGUGAUGGAAUCUCCAAGUAUGGAUUAAAGCCAGUCCCAUUGACUGAUUCUACUCGUCCUGUAAUAAGCAGUAUUAUCAGAAAAAAAAAUAAACAUUCUUAAGACUUAUUUAUUUCAUAAAUUAUAAUUAUAAAACUAUGUAUAGUAU